AUGCACAAUAUAGGAACCCAAUUUUUUAAGGGGCAUUUAAAGGUGAAAAACCGGGUUGUGAGUGGAGCUGGCACAACCGAUUUAUAUGUACCAAAGGCUUGGUGGUAUGACCAGCUUAAAUUUUUUAUUAAUUUUGAUCAUGUCAGAAAAUCCAGAUCAAAUUUACCUGCUCAACCUGAAAGCAGUAACAUGGAGAGUCAGCUAAGUCAUGGUUUACUAAGCAGUCCAACAAACUCGAGCCCGACUGAAGAAUGUGAAAGUAUGGUAUAUGAUGAGCUUAAAGAGGGAUUAUAUGUGCUACAUAGGAAACCAUUUCGAAGGUUUGGAAAAAUUAUAUAUUGCAGAGGAUACAGACGCGAAAAAAUUAAAAGCAGUCGACAUAAUCAAACUAAAAAAGUAACUCUUGAUGAAUCAUUAAAAGAAGACUCAAAUAUGUCGCAGUAUUUUCCGCACCAAAAAUUUAAAAACCUUCCACCUGUCCCAAAGGCUAUGAAUUUACAGGAAAAACCAACAGGCUUACCUCGGUUUGGAACUGAAAGGACUUUUUAA